CCCGCCGCCGCCCUCGCAGCGCCGCCGGCGCAGCGCGCGUUUCUCGUAUACCGCACUAUCCGCUAACUAUUCGCAAUCGACCGACGUCUUGGUUGUUGGACUUGGGUUAUAAUGACUUGACUUCUGCUAAAUGAACCCGUGUACUAGUAUAAGUUUUUCGCAGUGGCGUAUUUAUUUCUUAAUACACGAGCGCCGAAACGAGGAUUGUUGUACAAUAAGGACUAGUAGCGUCGAGUGAGAGUUUUUUGUGCGUUGUGCUGCAGUGGCGGCAAAAUGGAGAAGCAGUCGAGGUGGUCGGAACAGCGAUCGGAACAGCGCGUGCAGCAGCACUCCGAGCGGCGCGAACAAGUGGUGCAGCAGCAGGAGCGCGUGCAGCGCACCGAACAGCACUACACGCGCCAGAUGCUCACGCAGCAAGUUGAAUCUGCUGGCGACCGCUUGCCUGUCACAUUAGGCAGGCCUGGUGACCCUUCUCCUCCAAUCUUUGAGCAAAUCUUCAAAAAUGCGAGAUUUGCGCAAGGAGGAAAUGCAAAAUUCGAAGGAAAACUUAGAGGCAAUCCUACCCCCGUUGUAUCGUGGACAAGAAAGAAAGCACCCCUGGUAGAGUGCAAUAAGUAUAGUAUGAGCUACAAUGAACAAACCGGUGACGUGUCUUUACUAAUUAAACAGAUAGGCCCAGGUGAUGAAGGCGAAUAUACAUGCACGGCUCGCAACCAAUAUGGUGAAGCUAUUUGCUCCGUGUAUAUUCAGCCCGAAGGUGUCCCGGUGCCCGCGCAUCAGAGCUCGCAGCAACAAAGCUACAGACACGUCAGUGAGAGCGUGGAACACAAAUCGUAUGGUACACAGGGGUACUCCACAGAACAGUCCAGACAAACACAGAAAGUCUCUUAUACCAAUGGCACAGACUAUUCAUCCACAGAAGAUUUCAAAGUAGACACUUUUGAGUACAGACUUUUGAGAGAAGUAUCAUUCAGAGAAACUAUCACUAAGAGAUUCGUAAAUGAAAGUGAUAUUCAUAUCAGCACGGAGGUUGACAAAACGCUUGGACCAGUAUCUCCACCUAAAAUUGCACAAAAGCCGAGGAAUUCCAAGUUACAAGAAGGUGCAGAUGCUCAGUUCCAGGUACAACUUUCGGGCAAUCCGCGGCCGCGAGUGACUUGGUUCAAAAAUGGUCAAAGGAUAGUGAACUCCAACAAACACGAAAUUGUUACUACACACAAUCAUACAACUCUUAGGGUAAGAAACACACAAAAGUCUGACUCAGGCCAUUACACUUUAUUGGCUGAAAAUCCAAAUGGUUGCAUUGUAACGUCUGCAUAUCUCGCCGUUGAAUCUCCACAAGAGACUUAUGUGCAAGAUCAGAGAUCACAAUAUGUCAUGGACAAUCAACAAGCAGGAUUUGAAGAAAGAGUAGAAAUAAGUGAAAAAGCUCUCGCUCCGCAAUUUGUAAGAGUCUGCCAAGACCGCGAUGUUACAGAGGGGAAAAUGACGCGAUUCGAUUGCCGCGUCACUGGCAGACCUUACCCAGAAGUCACGUGGUUCAUUAACGAUAGACAAAUACGAGACGAUUAUAAUCAUAAGAUAUUAGUAAACGAGUCAGGUAAUCAUGCACUUAUGAUUACAAACGUCGAACUCAGUGAUAGUGGUGUAGUUACCUGUGUAGCACGCAACAAGAGCGGUGAAACAUCUUUCCAGUGCAGAUUAAACGUCAUCGAGAAGGAACAAGUAGUUGCACCGAAGUUUGUGGAAAGGUUCAGCACUUUAAGUGUACGUGAAGGUGAACCUGUUAUUUUAAACGCCCGUGCAGUUGGUACACCUACACCACGAAUCACAUGGCAGAAGGACGGCGUUCCGAUAAUACCCAAUCCAGAAUUACGAAUUAAUACCGAUGGUGGGGCCUCGACGCUGGACAUUCCGCGAGCCAAGGCGUCGGAUGCGGCAUGGUAUCAGUGCACAGCCCAGAACGUCGCAGGCUCCACAGCUACUCGGGCCAGGCUCUAUGUCGAAGUACCAAAAGAGCCACCGCCCGAGCUAAAGCGUCUGCACUUGCCCCGGCCUACAAAGAUUAUCGAGCCAGAGCCCGCGCCUGGACCAGAAAUCAUUUACUUGAGGCACGUGGAAAGGGCAAGACCUUACAUUCCUCCAGGUGAGGAAGAUCGAGUUUAUCCUCCGCCGCAGUUUAUUGUGCCACUCAAGAGUAUUUCACAGAUGGAAGGUGGCAAAAUUCACUUUGAAACGAGGAUAGAACCUGUCGGCGACCCAACGAUGAAAAUCGAAUGGUUGAAAAAUGGUCAAAGUAUCGAAGCCAGUUCUAGGUUUACAUCAAUAUUCCGCUUUGGAUAUAUUUCUCUGGAUAUGCUCAGUCUAAAUAUUCAAGAUAGUGGAGAAUAUACCUGCCGAGCUAUUAGUGCGACAGGUGUUGCAGAAACUAAAGCAAUGCUGCAAGUAACUCCACGAGCGACUAUUGAAAGAACAAGUCAACACCCAGAGAGUUUGCAAUACAUUCAACAGCUGGAGGAUUAUUCAAGGUAUCAACAUCAAGAGUCAAUAGAAGAACAAAUUUCACAGAGGCCUCAAUUUAUUAGGCCAUUGCAAGAACUUGGUGAAUUACAAGAAGGCAGAAAUGCGCAUUUUGAAGCACAACUGACUCCUGUCAGUGAUCCUACAAUGAGAGUAGAGUGGUACAAGGAUGGAAGACCAAUUACAGCUAGCUCGCGAAUCACGUCAAUCUUCAACUUCGGUUACGUCUCCCUUAACAUCAUGCACCUACGGGCUGAAGAUGCAGGUUCGUAUACAGUGAGAGCUGUAAACAAAUUAGGGGAAGCCAUUAGUACUGCUUCUAUCAGAGUAGCUGCCAGGAGUACAGUUACAGCAGACCUUGGGAUACCAGAACAGCGACGAUACAUUGAAAAGACUGAGCAAUUGGAAGCAUAUCAGCAACAGCAACAUCAAAAGUACUAUCAGGAAGCUCCUGAAAGUACGCAACGACCUGAAUUCAAAACACCAAUCAAAGAUCAAAUAAACAUUAAAGAAGGUGGGUUUGCUCAUUUCGAAGCUCGCCUUGAACCAGUAGGCGAUUCAACUUUGAGAGUCGAAUGGUUAAAAGACGGACGUCCUGUCGAAGCCAGUUCAAGAAUUACUACAUUCUUUAACUUUGGAUAUGUCGCGUUGACUAUAAAAUCCGUAACUGUACAUGAUGCAGGUCACUACACUUGUAGAGCCUAUAAUGCUUUGGGUCAGGCAACCACUAGUGCCAAUCUUACUAUUGUGACCAGGAAAGAUAUAAUUGCGGAAUCACAACAUCCAGGAGGAUAUGAAAAAAUUCAACAUCUUGAAGAUUCCAGUAGAUAUUCAAGACGCGCAGAAGAAGAGGUGAAGGUUACGCAAAAGCCUCGAUUUUUGGGACCACUUAAAGGCACUAAUAAAAUAGUGGAAGGACAAAGUGCUCACUUUGAAGCAAGAGUUGAACCACAGAGUGAUUUGACUAUGACAGUAGAGUGGUAUUUCAACGGAAAACAAAUCAAGAGUGCCAAUCGCAUUCAGACUUACCAUGAUUUUGGUUACGUAGCGUUGGAUAUCGCUAGUGUCCGCGCCGAUGAUACCGGUGUUUACACAGUUGUAGCUCGCAAUGCAUCUGGAGAAGCUCAAUUGAGUGCUUCUAUGACAGUCGAAACACGUUCAAGUAUUGAUACGUCAAGUAUUCAUCGUGGUCUGUAUGAAAAAACUCGGCAUAUUGAAGAAUCCAAGUUUGUCGAACCUAUGUACGAAAUUGAAGAAAUUUCUAAGUCGAAACCAGUAUUCGUGCAGCCAUUAUCUGACCCGGCACCGAUAUCUGAAGGAAAAAAUAUUCACUUAGAAUGUAGGUUGGAACCAAUGGGCGAUCCGACCAUGCGCGUGGAAUGGUUCCAUAAUGGUAGAGCUGUGACAGUUGGCUCUAGGUUUAGGACUUAUUAUGACUUUGGAUUUGUUGCACUGGACAUUAUCCAUGCAACAUCCACAGAUUCUGGAGAAUACACAGUUAGGGCUGUUAACCACUUAGGUUCUGCUCACACUUCUGCCAUGGUCCGUGUCAUUGAGCGAUCGGAUAUUGUUACUGACACUCAAAAUGAACAAGCUGUCGAGCAGAUACAAAUGUUGGAGGAUGCUGCGCGUAGAUCGCGCCAAGUUCAUGAAGAUAUAACAGUGAGGCAGGCACCUCAAUUUUCAAGAGCCCUACAUAAUAUUGAGACUGUAGAAGGAACUAACGUGCAUUUGGAAUGUAGACUACAGCCUGUUGGCGAUCCAGCCAUGAAAGUAGAAUGGUUCUGUAACGGAAGGCCGAUAAAAACAGGUCACAGGUUUAGGCCAGCCUAUGAGUUUGAUUACGUGGCUCUCGAUUUAUUAAGUGUUUAUCCAGAAGAUUCUGGUGUCUACACAUGUCAAGCUACGAAUCAACUUGGUGAAGCAGUAACUUCAUGUGCUUUACGUGUUAUUGCUAAAAAAGAUCUAAUAUUUGAAUCUCAGCACCCCUCAGGCCUUGAGAAAAUUCAAUACUUAGAAGAUUCUUCGCGUUACAAGAAGAGCGAUGUAGUUGAUGAAUCUAUAAACAUAAAACCACGCUUCAUUACAAAACCAAAAUCUAUUGAUAAUGUUGUUGAAGGUCACCAUGUACACUUUGAGUGCAAACUUGAACCAGUUACCGAUUCCAACUUGAAAGUAGAAUGGUUUAAAAAUGGGCAGCCUGUUACUAUUGGCCAUAGGUUCAGACCUAUUCAUGAUUUUGGUUAUGUCGCUCUCGACAUUAUUGAUUUAAUUGCUGAAGAUUCUGGUAUUUAUACAUGCAGAGCUGUUAAUCUACUUGGCACAGAUGAAGUUAGCUGCAGAUUAACUUGUCGUAGCACUGCAGACAUAAUAAGAGCAACUCAAAAUGAGGCUGGUCUCAAUCAAAUUCAAGUAUUGGAAGAUAGAUCUAAAUACCAUAGGACGGAUUAUGUUGAUGAAGUUACUACACAGGCUCCAAUAUUUACAACAUCAUUGAAAAAUAUUGAAAUUAAAGAGGGUCAAAGAGCCCACUUUGAAUGUAGACUUAUACCUGUUUCUGAUCCCACCAUGAAAGUAGAAUGGUACCACAACAACAAACCUCUGAAGAGUGGGUCUAGAUUCACAGAAACCAACAACUUUGGGUUUGUUGCCUUGGAUAUUAUGUCUUGUUUGCCCGAAGAUUCUGGAACAUACACUUGUCGGGCCAUUAAUGCUCUUGGUGAGGCAGUUACAUCCGGAAUUGCUAUUGUGCAUUCUAGAAAAUCUAUCUAUUUAGAAUCACAGCAUGAAGGUGCUCUUCCAAGAUUAAACCAAUUGGAAGAUACUUCGAGAUAUCAAAGACACAGUGCUCAAGAUGAAACUAUAACGCAAGCACCUGUGUUUACAAUGCCGAUGAAGGAUAUAAGAGUUGCUGAGAACCAAGCAGCGCACUUUGAAGCCAGACUUAUACCUGUUGGAGAUCCAAAACUCCGAGUAGAGUGGUUGCGUAAUGGAGUUCCCAUCGAAGCUUCAAAUCGUUUGACGACUAUGCAUGAUUUCGGCUACGUGGCCUUGAACAUGAAAUACGUUAACCCUGAGGAUUCCGGCACAUACACAUGCCGAGCUAUCAAUGAAUUAGGAGAAGCUGUGACAUCAUCUACCCUGUUUGUACAAUCUAAAGCGUCUCUUCAGCUUGAAUCCCAACACGAGAGUGCUUUAGAGAAAAUUCAGCAGUUGGAAGACUCUUCUCGCUAUCAACGUAGAGAAGACGUUGAAGUAGCAGUCAACCAGGCUCCACGGUUCAUAACACAGUUGAAUGGACCUUCCAGACUCGUAGAAGGCCAAAGUGCUCAUUACGAAUGCCGUAUUGAGCCUUAUCCCGAUCCAAACAUGCGUGUUGAAUGGUACUUCAAUGGAAAAGUCUUACAAAGCGGGCACCGCUAUCGUACAGCAUACGAUUUCGGUUUCGCUGCACUUGAUAUACUAUCAGUGUACGGAGAAGACUCUGGUGAAUAUACUUGCAAGGUUAUAAACAACUUAGGACAAGCCACAUCUUCUAUUAAACUCAAUGUGCAGUCCAAGGAAUCUAUUAUAAGAGAUACACAACACGAAAGCGCUCUCGAAAAGAUUCAGUAUCUAGAAGACGAUAGUAGAUACAAGCGUGUAGUCCGUGAUGAGAGUUUUGUGGCAGAAAAACCACAAUUUGGCAAGCCUUUGAAAAAUGCUGAAGUAUCUGAAGGUAAACCCGUCCACCUGGAAGCUACUCUCACGCCAGUGAAUGAUCCUACUAUGCGCGUGGAAUGGUACUGCAAUGGCAGGCCUAUUCAACAGGGCCAUCGAUUUAAGACUACAUACGAUUUCGGUUAUGUAGCCUUAGAUAUUUUGUAUGCUUAUUCAGAAGAUAGCGGCACGUAUAUGUGUAAGGCUACUAAUGCUGUUGGUGAAGCCGUAACCACAAGCUCUGUGAAGGUAGAUGCUAAAGCGGGUCUUUAUUUAGACACAUUAGACGAACAACGCCUCAGAAAGAUACAAGAAUUAGAGAAUUAUGAGAGACCUAAACCAGUACAAGAGGAGCAACCAGGCCAGAGGCCAGUUUUCUUGACAGCUCUAACAAGUUUGGAAAAUCUGAAAGAAGGAGACCGAGCUCAUUUCGAGUGCAGAGUAGAGCCAAUUAAUGAUCCCGAUCUAAAGAUUGAAUGGUUCCUCAAUGGUCAAAAGAUAAGAGCCGGUCACAGGUACAGAACUACACACGAUUUCGGUUACGUUGCAUUAGAUAUUCUGUACUCCUACUCUGAAGACUCGGGCACAUACAUGUGUAAGGCCACUAAUAAGCUUGGCGAAGCAGUUAAUACAUGCACGUUGAAGGUUGCAGGGCACCGAAGUAUAAUAUUGGACACUCAACAUCCAAAUGGUUUGGAAAAAAUAAGACAACUUGAAGCACAAGGACAUCACACUAGGAUGGAAGUUGAAGAACCUAAGAUUAGUCCACCUAGAUUUGUAACAGAGUUACGGGGCACUACCCAUGUCUUUGAAGGCCAAACAGCUCAUUUUGAAUGCCAGGUAGAGCCCGUGCAUGAUCCUAACCUAAGGAUCGAAUUUUAUCACAACGGCAAAGCCCUACAAUCUGCUGCACGGUUCCAUAUCACUUUUGAUUUUGGUUAUGUGUCAUUAGAUAUUCAGCAUUGUGUUCCUGAAGAUGCUGGUGAAUACUCAGUAAAGGCUAUUAAUGCUCUAGGCCAAUGUACUUCUUCGAUAUCAAUGACAGUAACCGCAAAAGGAAGCAUUAUAUCGGAAUCUCAACGUCCAGAAGGCUUGGAAAAAAUCCGUGAAUUAGAAUCUGCAGAACCGUUCAAACGACCUGAGAUCCCGGAACCAGUUACACGCCAAAGACCUGUAUUUACACAACCUCUUCAAAACAUUGAUAACAUUCAAGAGGGUCAAACUGCACACUUUGACUGUCGACUUAUCCCAGUCGGAGACCCAACAUUAAAGGUUGAAUGGUUUAGGAACGAAAAACUCAUUGAAGACAGUUCAAGAAUUACCAAAACUCACGACUUCGGAUACGUCUCAAUGACUAUCACGCAUGUUCGUGAUGAAGACGAAGGAGUAUACAUGUGCAGAGCUUCGAAUCUUUUAGGAGAAGCUGUAACAACCGCUGCUAUGAGAAUAAAAACUAAAGCAGCCAUCCAGAUGGACACUCAACAUCCGGAAGGUAUGAAGAAAAUCCAACAACUUGAGCAACCACAGCAAAGAAGACCAGACGAGCCUGAGCGGGAAUUCGAGAAGCCCAUCUUUACCCAGGUUCUUACAGGACCUUCUGAAUUAUGGGAAGGGCAACAUGCUCAUUACGAAGCCCGUGUUGUUCCAGUUGGAGACCCAAGCUUAAGAUUCGAGUGGUACAUUAAUGGAGUAGAACUUAAAAUGGGUUCAAGAUUCCGUACAACUCAUGAUUUCGGAUUUGUAACACUAGACAUCAACUCAGUUGUAGCCGAAGAUGCUGGUCUUUACAUGUGUAAGGCUAUAAAUAAGGCCGGAAGUACAGUGUCGUCAGCAGCAUUAAAGGUUAAGACUAAGUCUACCAUUGUUGACCAGGCCAUGAGACCUGAGGCAUGGGAACAAAUACAACUAAAGGAAGCUGCUAUGAACAAAGUGCCGGAAAUGUUCGUUGACUCCGGAGUACAACAGGCGCCUAUUUUCACAACGCAUCUUAAGAGCUACGACAAACUUGUUGAAGGCCAACAUGUGUAUCUAGAGGCCCAAGUAGAACCUCGAACUGACCCUAAUCUGAGAAUUGAAUGGUUCAAAAAUGGCAUGUCUUUAACUACCGGGUCUAGAUUGAAGAGUACGUUCGAUUUUGGUUUAGUGACUCUUUCUAUUAACAGCGUAAGAAUUGAUGAUUCGGGAAUUUAUACUUGCAAAGCUACCAAUCUUAUGGGAGAAGCUGUUUCAACUGCUUCCAUAAAGGUUGAAGAUCGCCACUGGCUACUUGGUGAAACACUCCAUCCUGAAUCGUUAGACAGGAUUGGCGCAUUAGAACAGCCUAAAUCAAGUAAACCUGAAGCACCCGAACCAGUUUACGAAAUUCCUGUAUUUAUUUCACAUCUGAACAAUAUUCUGUGCAAAGAAGGUGACAAUAUUCACUUUGAAUGUAACGUAGAACCGUCGAGAGAUCCUACUCUUAAAAUUGAAUGGUUCUUUAACAAUAAACCGUUGCCGUCUGGUUCAAGAUACAAGAGCACACAUGAUUUCAGCUAUGUUUCUCUAGAUAUUACUCAUACUUAUGAAGAAGAUUCUGGUAUUUACACAUGUAAAGCUACGAACAGUAAAGGUUCAGCCACAACAUCUGGUUCACUUAGGUGUACCGGGGACAAAAACAUAUAUUUCGAUACGCAGCACCCACAAGGAAAAGCUGGGUUGGAAGCUGUGGAGCAGGCUGAAGAAGCAAGAUUGUCGAAAUCAAGAAGAACGUCAUUGCCUGAUGCUGAAUAUCCCAAGCCUGAGUGGGUGGUGCCAGUAGCACCAGAACAUCAGUUGAUUGAAGGACAAGCAUUACAUCUUGAAGGACAGGUUGAACCUAAAAACGAUCCAAACCUUAGGAUUGAGUGGUAUUUCAAUGGAAAGGUUUUGGAGCAAGGUUCUAGAUUUAAACUUACAAGUGACUUUGGUUUUGUAACCUUAGAUGUGACAGAUGUUUAUGAAAGAGAUAGUGGAAUAUACACAUGUAAGGCUUACAAUAAGAAGGGUGAAGCGUUUACUUCGUCAACCAUCUUCUGUACCAGUAAAGAAAACCUUAUUGAAAGGACGCAACAUCCUAAAGGUACUGAGGGAUUGGAAAAGAUUCAAAACCUCGAAGAUUCUCUUCGCAGAGAACCAGGCCAGGCACCUGAUGACGAUACCGGUCGACCUCCGGAAUUCGUUACUGUUUUCCAGGAUAUCGUUGACAUUAGCGAGGGACAAAUAGCUCACUAUGAAGCAUCUCUUAUACCUACUGGUGAUCAAAGUAUGGUUAUUGAGUGGUUCUAUAAUGGCAAAACAAUCGAAGCUAGUCACCGCAUCCGUACUGUUUACGCUUUUGGUAUGGUAGUACUCGAAAUACUUGGAACUAAAACCACCGAUUCUGGUGUGUACUCCUGCAGAGCUACUAAUAGAUGGGGACAGGCUGAAAUAAGUGUCAAACUAGAAUGUGUUGAUAAGAGCAAAGGACAGAAACCUAGAUUUACUACACAUAUUCAAAAUGUUGAAGGUUUGAAAGAUGGUCAAUCAGCGCACUUUGAAUGUACUGUUGUACCUGUUGAUGACCCUGAUUUGAAAAUUGAGUGGUAUCAUAAUGGUCAACCAUUACGUCACUCGAAUAGAAUCAAAAUGGUUUCUGACUUUGGAUUUGUUGUUAUGGAUAUCGCUUACACUCAAAACCAUGACACAGGAGAAUAUGUGUGCCGUGCUUAUAAUAAAUACGGUGAAGACUUCACUAAAGCUACAAUAACAUGCUUUGGAAGAGGUGGAGUUUAUCUUGACAGUCUGCAACCUGAUUCUUUAGCUAAGAUCAGAGAAUUAGAAAGCUUACAAGGUAAUCAACAGCAAGCGCCUGCUCCUGCUUCUGCUGUACCACCAAAGUUCAUUACUCAAAUCCAAGAUGUCACUAAAUUAGUGGAAGGACAAAGUGCACAUUUCGAAGCCAGGUUGGUACCUGUUGACGACCCGGAUCUUAAAGUCGAAUGGUUCUACAAUGGCAAAAAGUUGCCGCAUGGUCAUAGAUAUAGAACAUUCCACGAUUUUGGUAUUGUUAUAUUGGAUAUCUUGUACUGUUAUGAAGAAAAUUCGGGCGUAUACGAAUGCGUGGCCACUAAUAAAUUAGGCAGAGAUUCUACCAAGGCUACAUUGAAAUGCACGUCGAAGGAGAACUUAAUCCUGGACUCGCAACUACCGCGGGGCAUGGAAGGUGGAUUGGAGAAACUUCAAACUCUUGAGGACUCAAUGGUUCGCAGAAAGGAUGUCCAAGAGGAUGAAGAGCGAGGCAAAGCUCCAGUGUUUACAGUUCCACUAUCAAACAUCGAUAAUUUGCGUGAAGGAGAGAAUUCGCACUUUGAAGCGAGGUUGACUCCUACAGAUGAUCCUAACUUGAAGGUGGAGUGGUACUGGAAUGGUAAAUCUCUUAAAGCAGGCUCCAGAUUCAGAACAUUCUGUGACUUUGGUUUUGUAAUUCUUGAAAUAUCUCCGACAUACCCUGAAGACUCUGGUGAAUACCUAUGCAGGGCAUACAAUAACUACGGAGAGGCUGUAACAACAGCUACUAUGAAGGUUCAAGGAAAACGUAAUAUUAUUUUGGAGUCACAGUUGCCUAAAGGUAUGGAGGGCACUAUUGAUAAAAUUGCUGCUCUGGAGGGAUACACCGGCACAGUCGAUUCCAUGAUUCCGGAAGCCGAGACUGGAAAUCCACCAGAAUUUACUACAACUCCUUCUGAUUUAAUUCUCUCAGAAAACUCAUCGGCUCACUUUGAGUGUCGUCUCAUUCCCGUUAACGAUUCCAGUAUGAGGGUUGAAUGGUUCCACAACGGUAAGCCCCUUUUGACUGGAUCUAGAGUGAAGACCAUCAAUGACUUCGGGUUUGUUAUAUUAGAAAUUGGUGGUGUAUACCAACGGGAUGCAGGUCUUUACACUUGCAAGGCCACCAAUCGACAUGGAGAAGCGACAGUUUCAUGCAAACUGCAAGUUAAAGGAAGACAAGGUAUUAUUUUGGAACCACAAUUGCCAUCUCACUUCAAAUCUGGUACCGAAAGCAUCCAGAAAUUAGAAGAGACCUUGCACAAGCGAGAAGAAAUCACAAUUGAAGAUGAGAAACCUAACCCACCUAAAUUCACGGUAGAAAUUAAGGACAACCUUGAUGUCGUUGAAGGUGGUCCUAUUCACUUCGACUGCCGCGUAGAACCAGUUGGUGACCCAACUAUGAGAAUUGACUGGUUCCACAAUGGCAGACCUUUCGCUACCGGGUCUCGAGUACACAUGCUCAAUGAUUUUGGUUUUAUUGCUUUGGACAUCGAUUACAUAUAUGCCCGAGAUGCCGGAGAGUAUACUUGCCGCGCUACCAACAGGUGGGGAUCUGCAACAACUACGGCAAAGAUUACUUGCAGUGCUAAGCGUGAUAUUGUAUUGGAAUCUCAGCUACCACAGGGUAUGAGCGGAGAGAAAAUCAAGGAGCUUGAGAGAGGGCGCAUUAGUGAUGCGCCAAAGGAAGAACCUGUUAUAAGCAGUCCACCUAAGUUUAUUACUCAGAUUCAAUCACACACGGUUGAGGAAUCAGAAAGCGUCCGCUUUGAAUGCCGUGUAGAACCUAAAGAAGAUCCAAAAUUACGUAUUGAGUGGUACCGAAAUGGAAAACUUUUACCUUCUGGUCAUAGGUACCGUACAGUUUACGAUAUGGGAUUCGUUUCUCUGGACAUUUUGUACGUUUAUGCUGAAGAUUCUGGCGAAUAUGUAUGCCGUGCAGUUAAUGAUAUUGGCGAAGAUUUUACCAAGGCAACUGUAUCUUGUAAACAAUUGCCAGACAUUAUUCUGCAAAACCAAGUUCCUCGAGGUAUGAAGAAAUCUGAAGCUUUGACUCAAAUGGAAGCUACAAUUAAGAAAUACACUUCCGAAAUCUUCUUAACUGAAGAUGACUUGUAUGAUGCUGAUAAGAAACAACCACCACGUUUCGUCACACAAAUUGAAAGUCAAACCACCUUAGUAGAAAUGGAGUCUACCAAGUUCGAAUGUCAAUUGGCGCCGGUGGGUGAUCCUAACAUGAAAGUGGAAUGGUUCUUCAAUGGAAAACCUUUGCUACACAAGAACCGUUUCACACCGAUUUAUGACUUCGGAUACGUGGCGAUGAACUUUGGCUGGGUUUACCCCGAAGAUAGCGGCGAAUACCUUUGCCGAGCUACGAACUUGUACGGUAUGGAUGAAACUCGAGCUGUUAUAAAAACAGCCGGUAAACCUGGUAUUGUCUAUGAUUCUCAACUGCCGAAACAUAUGAAGAGUAUAGAAAAGAUAAGAGAAAUGGAAGCUGCAUGGCAAACGGUUCCCGAACAAGCAGCAGAAGAAUCUAAGGCUAGAUCGCCACCUGUCUUCGUAAGCCGUCCAGAACCAGUAACCGUUGAAGAAGGCGAGUGGGCUCGCUUCUGCUGUCGUGUCACUGGACAUCCUAAGCCUCGUGUGAUGUGGCUUAUCAACGGCAACACCAUUGUUAACGGAUCUCGAUACAAGUUGACAUACGACGGAAUGUAUCACUUUGACAUACCCAAAACCAGACAGUACGAUACUGGUAAAAUUGAAGUUAUCGCUAGAAGCUCAGCUGGCGAAGCGUUAGCUACGACGGAACUAAAAGUAAUACCAAGACACGACGACUACAGAGGUGUUUUGAAGAAUGCUCCACGACCUUCCUGUUACCUUUCCUCUCUUUAUCCAAAAGGAGUGCAGCUAAAUGAAUUGCUUCUGCCAGCUUUGCCAACGGAUUCUGGGAGAGCAUGGUAUGACGAAACAACGCAAUAUCAGCGCUCUGAAACCGAGCUGGAAAAAACAUUUGAAGAAAGACAAGUAUUGCAAAGGCAGGGAGUUAUUGAUCACAGGCCUGAGUUGAAACCAAAAGUGGUUAAAGAGCCUGAAACAGAAUGGCAACAAACAGUUAAGAAGAAGAAGAGUGAAGAGUACUACAACAAAUUGCAGGAAUUAGAAAACGAACAAGUUAUUAAGGAAAGUCGUUUCAGGGAGUCAACACAUCAAUAUGCAAUCCCUGGUGAAAAAAUCACUAGCAGUUCCCUUGCCAAAGGCAUGGCUCAGAAAUAUGAGGACACUUUAGAACAAACGGAAGUUUCUACAGAACAAGUACAGAGGAAGGCUGUACCAAAACCUAAGAUUCCAGGGCCCUCUGAAUCCACAGUUCAUGGCAAAGAAGUACAUGUCGCUAAACAGAAGCAAAUUCAGAAGGAAGUGGUAGGAGACACUGAAAUUACCCGUAAAAUUACUUCGACCGAGACAACUGAAAUGGAACAUAAGGCUCAAACUCAAGAAAGAGUCGUGGAAGGGCCUGUGAAACCCAGUCAACCUCCAGUUUUCACUAAAAAAAUGCAACCCUGCCGCGUGUUCGAACAUGAACAAGCCAGAUUUGAGGUUGAGUUUGAUGGUGAUCCAUUGCCAACUAUUAAAUGGUACAGAGAGAAUUUCCCAAUUAAAAAUUCUGCAGACUUCCAAAUCCACACCUUUAGCACUAAAUCUAUUCUGAUUAUAAGGCAAGUCUUCGUCGAAGACUCUGCCGUAUUCGCUGCAGUAGCUGAAAAUCGUGGCGGAACUGCGAAAUGCAGCGCUAAUUUAGUGGUCGAGGAGCGCAGACGACAGGGAAGAGGAGGUGUCGCUCCGCCCAGUUUUACAUUAACUGCCCAAAACGUUAACGUAACAGCUGGCCAACUAGUAAGAUUCGACACAAAAGUAACCGGAACAAAGCCAAUUGAUGUUUACUGGCUUAAGAAUGGUAAAAAAGUCCAACCAGAUAUAAGAAACAAGAUUCUAGAAGAGGAUGGCACGUAUACUCUUCUAAUUCUCGAAGCGUAUCCUCAAGAUUCGGGUAAAUAUGAAUGUGUUGCAAUAAACAGUGCUGGUGAAGCACGAUGUGAUGCUGAGUGCUCUGUUAAUGCUCCUGCUACCAAAGAAAAACCAAAACCUCAAAGCAAAGCCACAAAUGCACCUCCUGAGAUUAUUGAACCUCUGAAAGAUAAGGUUGUAACUGAGGGUCAAGCGAUUGAAUUCAGUUGCAAGAUUGUUGGAAAGCCAGCCCCAACUGUUCAGUGGUACAAAGGGGAGAAACUGAUCAAACCUUCUAAGUACUUCCAAAUGUCUCGAACCGCUGAUGAGUACACGCUUCGUAUAUCUGAAGCUUUCCCCGAAGAUGAAGGUGAUUACAAGUGCGUUGCUUAUAAUUCGGCUGGCCGUGUAACUGUAGCCGCAAAACUAAAAGUAACUCAACCGGAUCAGGCCGAGAAUUUACCAACCUUAACACCUCUCCGAGAUCUAGUUGUCUAUGAAGGGCAGCCAGCUCAAUUCAAAACUCACAUAACCAGCAAAGUCAAGCCAACUAUUCAAUGGCUUCGAGAAGGUGCUCUGAUACCUGAAACCCCAGAUUUCCAGAUGAUCCACGAAGGAAACAACGCGGUAUUGCUGAUCGGAAACACGUACGAGGAAGACACUGGCACCUUCACCUGUCGGGCCACGACUGCCGCCGGCCAAGUCGAGACUUCGGCAAAACUAGUCGUCAAAAGUAAGACAUAG